AUGUUAAUCGUUGGGCUCGUCUGUGGCUUGGUGUUUGGCCUUCGAGCUCGUGCUCAUGCUCAUUCUAGCAAUAUCAGCUUGGAUGUGGAUCUAGGAUAUUCUACCUACCAAGGAGCAAAUGGCGCAAGUGGUGUCAGUCAGUGGUUGGGAAUCAGAUAUGCUGCUGCUCCAAUUGGCAAUCUUCGAUUCAGAGCUCCGCAAGAUCCUGUGACGGACAACAAAACUUAUGUUGCUAAUACUCGAGGGCCUAUUUGUCAUUCAAGUCCAUCAACAAGUCUCUCUGCAACUAAUUCGGAGGAUUGUCUCUUUCUGAAUGUUUUUGCACCGACAACAAGCAGGGGCUCUCAUCCAGUUUUCAUCUACUUUCAAGGUGGUGGCUUCAACACUCUAUCGGCUCCGGACCUUGACGGCACUAGUCUCAUCAGCGCUGGAGAUCAUGAUAUCGUUGUAGUUACUUUCAACUAUCGUGUAGGUCCUUAUGGGUUUCUCGCUAGCAAGGAAGUUCAGUCAGAUGGAGACUUGAAUGCAGGACUGCUAGAUCAAAGGAAGGCACUUGAAUGGAUUCAAAAAUACAUUCACUUGUUCGGUGGAGACCCCACGCGCGUUACUAUCGGCGGUGCUUCAGCUGGUGGUGCCUCUGUGGACUUACACAUGAGUGCUUACGGCGGCCGUAACGAUGGUCUCUUCCAUCAAGCUGCAGCGGAAAGUCAAUCAUUUGGCGCCCAACUUACGGUUGAAGAGUCUCAGUACCAAUACGAUGCUCUCGCGAAGAGAGUCGGCUGCAACACCACGGACAGUCUCAAUUGUCUUCGGAACGUCAACAUUGAAACCAUCGCUGACAAUAAUCCCAAUAUUCCCACACCGGGAGGAAGCGGAGGAGACCCAGUCUUCAUGUACUCUCCUGUCAUCGACGGAAAUUUUACUCAAGACUACACGUACAACGCCUUUGCUCAGGGCAAGUUCGUCAAGAUCCCCUCGAUUUUCGGCGACGACACAAACGAAGGGACAAUCUUCACUCCUACGGGCAUCAACACCUCGGCCCAAUUCCAUGCUUUUCUGAAAGACAAUUUUGUCAAUUUGACAGCCGCGAACCUCGCUCAGAUCGAUAAUUUCUACCCACAAGCUGGGCAGUUCCCGGGCAAAGGUGUCUUUUGGCAAACAGCAGCGAAUGCAUAUGGCGACAUGCGAUAUAUCUGCCCUGGAAUCAAUAUUAGCUCCAUGCUUUCUUCGCAUGGAGUGGACAAAAGCUGGAAUUAUCACUGGGAUGUCCUUGAGGCAGGCAACGCUGCAUCUGGCCUUGGAGUAACGCAUACCGCCGAAUCUGGCAGUAUCUGGGGCUCAUCAACCGCACCAGAAAAUGCCCUCAUCCCCACCAUCCAAGGAUACUGGACUUCGUUCAUCAGAACUGGGGAUCCGAAUACACACAAAAUUUCAACUGCUCCGACCUGGGGAACAUUUAGUGCUUCCAGUAUGCAGAGAAUACAUUUUACGAACGAUCCGGCGAAUGUUGCUAUGGAGGUUGUGCCUGCGAGUCAGCAGGCGAGGUGUCAGUAUUUGAGUAGUAUUGGGCCGUCGCUGCAACAGUGA